GGGUAUUGCCAGUUAUGGGGGCUGCCCACCAGUCUUCACAGGGCCCUAGUAAUCAGUCCCGUGUGUCCCGGGGUUUAUGCCCUUCCCACGAGGAGAUCCGAGCUCCGGUGGGCACUGGCAUGUGCACUGAGAUGGCAGCGUGUCCCCGGCUCACCUGCCCCUUCUCUCUGGCAGGCUUGUGGUGCCUCGUGUCAUGGCUUCCCGGGCGGGCCCGCGGCCUGAGGGCACUGAUGGCAGUGACUACCAGCACCGUGAGCGGGUGGCCUCCCAUUACCAGAUGAGAGCACUGUGUGCGGGAUGGCAGCCUGGACUGCCUGAGGAGCCAGGCGAGGAGAUGUGGGGCGGUGUUUCUAGGGCAGGUCUGUCAUGCUGCAAGGAGCCGCCAACCUGCCCGGCCCGUGGAAAAGCCAGAGGUCUUGUGCACGACAGCUGCCACCGGAGUGAGCAUUCCAGCGUGGCCCUGAAGUGUGAGAUAAAGAAGCUGAUCUAUAUGCAGUUGGCCCUCUGGCUGCUGCUCGUGGCCCAGAUCUGUGUGAGCCACCUGAAGCUGCUGCCCCAUGACCAGGUGGCCAUGCCCUACCAGUGGGAGUACCCCUACCUCCUCAGCAUCAUCCCCUCGCUCUUCGGCCUGCUCUCCUUUCCCCGCAACAACAUCAGCUACCUGGUGCUGUCCAUGAUCAGCACGGGCCUGUUCUCAGUGGCCCCCCUCAUCUACGGCAGCAUGGAGAUGUUCCCCAUGGCGCAGCAGCUGUACCGGCACGGCAAGGCCUACCGCUUGUACCUGCUGGUGGUGGUGGCGGUGCAGGUGCAUGGCUGGCAGCUCUACUACAGCAAGAAGCUUCUGGACUCCUGGUUCACGAGCACACAGGAGAAGAAGAGGAAAUGAAGCAGGGCGGGGGCCGCGUGACUGGGAGCAGGGAGGGAAGGGGCCUGCUGUGCCGCUCGCUGGGGCUCCGUGUUCCAGCAGCUCUGCCGGCAAAUGCUGAAAGCCCCCUGCACACCUGGUGGCAGCCCAGGCAGUGCUGGGCCUGUGUCCGGGCGGGGCGGGGGCCCUGGGCCGCCUCCUGCCUGCAGUGAGCUCAGCCUGCCCCCACCUGGGAAGGAGCAGCGCCAGGCCUCCGGAGAGCCGCGGGCCAGGCCCGCCC